AUGGCCAAGAAAGGAGGAAAGAAGAACAAGAAGGGCAGCAAGCCCGCUGUUGCCGCUGUAGACAACGUCAAGGACGUGGUUGAACCCGAUAACGAAACUGUGGACGAGACCAACCACACUGAAGGCCAGAUUGAGACCGUCGAGCCGACAGAGACGCCCGAGAUUGCAACACAACCUUCCGAGACCGUUGCCGAGCCCACCCCCGCGACCGAGGCCUCCGGAACUGAGAUCCCAGCUGUGGUGGAGACCGAGGAAGUCAAGACCAAGGAGGCUGUCAAGGCUGAGGAAGCACCCGCGACAGAGAACAAGGGUACGGUGGAGGAGGCCGUGGAGAAGGCGCAGGCCUCCAAGGCCGGUCAGUUGGGCGAAUUGGAAGGUGGCGCUGCCGCCGGCACUGCUGUCCUCCCGGAGACGACCACCAAGGAGCCCGCUUCCUUGGCCGCGACCGGCAUUCCCGAGACAUUGGCCGAGCGCCCCACGACUGCGGCAUCAACCGAAGUUCCUGCUGUUGUUGCGCCCGCGCCUAUUGCUGCCCCCGUCGAGACCGAUGCUAUCCACCCCAAGCGCCCGUAUGAGAAGCCCAUCUUCAACAACGAGGAGAACUUGAAACCCCACAAGAUGCCCAAGACCGACGAGGAGGCGCUCGCCCACAGCGUGGCGGAGGACAAGAAGACUAUUGAGGUUUUGGCCGGUGCUGGACCCGCUUCCACUGCUGCGUUCACAACCCCUGAGCCUGUGCCUGUUCAGGCCGAGGCACGCAAGCUUGCCGAGACCCCUCAGAUCGCUGAGGAGAAGGUCGAAACUCCCGUGAUUACUGAGGAGAAGGCCGAGGCACCCAAGGCUGUUGAAGAGAAGGACGUCGAGACUCCUGUGGCCGCCGAGGCACCCAAGGCUGUUGAAGAGAAGGUCGUCGAGACUCCUGUGGCCGCCGAGGCACCCAAGGCUGUUGAAGCGAAGGUCGUCGAGACUGCUGUGGCCGCUGAGACACCCAAGGCUGUUGAGGAGAAGGUCUCCGACGAAAAGGUCGAGGUACCUACCGUUGCUGAGGAGAAGAUCCCCGUCGAAUCCGCCUCCAAGAGCACCCCUGCUCAGACCGGCACCGGCAAGCCUGCCUCCUCUCCUAUAGCGGUUGCCGCCGCGAACGCUGCCAUUCUCUCUUCCAAGAGUGACAAGGCUGCUGCUCCGGCCGCCCCGGCUAUCACCAAGGAGGCUGAGGUUAAAAAGCCCGAAGCUGCCCUGAAGCGUGGCGAGGAGCCUUUGCCCAAGGCUGAGGAACCCAAGCCCGAGACCAAGGCCGAACCUGUCAAGCAGGAGGCUGGCAAGGCCCAGCAAGAGACUCAAAAGAAAUCUGAGCCCUUAGCAGAGCAGGUCGAGAAGAAGAAGGGUGGCUUCAUCUCCUGGUUGAAGCGCAAGUUCAAAUGA